GAAUACAAAAAGACCGGAAAAAAAGGAGAGAAUUUACGAUAUCUUGGAAGAGAAAAAGCAGACAAACGUUUUUUUUGUUCCCUUCCACACCUUCUAUCCACACGGCCGGCAGGAAGGAAGUAGCAGCGACGCAUGAACCAUAUCCUUCACGCAACAAAACAAAUUAACGGGAAUUGUUUGGUAAAGCCACUUCAGGCUGAUUUGAAAUAGCUGCCCGUCACACCUCUCCGAACCUAGAAGAAAGCUCACUUGAGCAGAAAAAGACCGCACAAUAACAAAGAACAAGGAUUGUCAGGACAAGUCCUCAAGAGGCAAAGAUAAAACGCUGCAGCGCCAAUUCGAUACCGCGGACCUUCAAACUCGGCAAAUAACCAGACUAUUUCCUCGGCUGAAUUCUAGGGUUUCCAUUCAGAAGGGGAGUGCGUGAAACGGAGCCAUUGGACACCCUUCCGUCCCCGAAUUUCCCCGCAGGCAAGGCCGGUGUGAGAGGGAGUGAGUGAGUUUGGGAGAGGGUGCGUCUGGGACAAUAAAUCAGGCCGCAUCGGCAAUGAAUAUCGAGGACGAUACGAGUCGAUCAAGCUGGCCUUUAUUUCAUUUUUCCUUGUGAUAUAACGAACACCAGUUUUCCUUUCCUAGCCUCCUUCAAUUCCUCUUCCCCUCCAAAAUGCCCAAGCAAAAGGCCCUCCACUUUGGAGCCGGUAACAUCGGUCGUGGCUUCAUCGGUGCCCUUCUUGCUACAGCCGGAUACGAACUUGUCUUCGCGGACGUUGUGGAGAACUUGAUCAAUGCUCUUAACGAGAAUGGGGAGUACGAGAUAUACAUCUUAGACCUGGAACGCAAAGGCGAAGUCGACACGAUAAAAGGCGUAUCAGGCAUAAUUUCCACAAACCAAGAAGCAAUGAACAAGACCAUCACCGAAGCCUCAAUAAUCACCACAGCCGUAGGUCCCAAUGUCCUCCGAAUCAUCGCCCGGGGGGUGGCAUCCGGCAUCUCCGCCCGCCGAGCGGCCGGCGUGACCUCCGAACUCAACAUAAUCGCCUGCGAGAACCUCACCGGUGCUUCAUCCCUUCUCAAAGAAGAAGUUACAAAGCACCUUAAGGAGGAUGCGGACAAAGAGUACCUUGACAAGUACGUAGGCUUCCCGAACUGCGCCGUCGACCGUAUCGUGCCGCCCUUCACAAAAGACAACAACCCCCUCGCCGUCGGCGUAGAGAACUUCUACGAAUGGAUUGUGGAGGAGCCCGCCAUCAAGGGAGAGAAGCUAGAUAUCCCAGGCAUGAAGCUAACAGACAACCUCACGGCAUUCGUCCAGCGAAAGCUCUUCACGCUAAACUGCGGACACGCAAUCACCGCAUACCUCGGCUUCCUGAAAGGCUUCCGAACGGUCGACGAGGCACUUGGCGACCCGUGGAUCGAAGAUAUUGUGCACAAAGCUAUGCUCGAGUCCGGCGCUGCGCUCUGCAAGAAACACUCCUUCAACGAGGAGGAACACGAGAAGUACAUUAACAAGAUCCAGAAGCGCUUCCGGAACCCAUACAUCAAGGACGACGUGGUCCGUGUCGGCCGGGAACCCAUCCGCAAAGUCACCCAGGGAGAUAGACUCGUCGGUCCGUUGAACAUGGCGAGGGAGUUCGGGCUUGGGUACAGCAAUCUAGCGAAGGGCAUUGCCGCCGCGUUCCUAUACGAGAACAAAGAUGAUAAGCAGAGUGGAGAGCUCCGCGCUAAGGUUGAGCAGAAGGGGAUUCGGGAGGCGGUUAAAGAAGUCACUGGCCUGCAAGAUGGCGAGGUCGUCGAGGAGAUCGUCAAGAGUUAUGGGGAAUUGGAGGGGCUGAAGAGGCCGAAUUUGUAAACCUUGGUUGUGGUUCGCCGUUUGGAUAUUGGGGUAGGGAUAUAUCAAAUCUUUGCGUUUUUUACUUUUAACCUUUUGGUCUGGGUUAUGGAAUUGGCGGGAUUCCCUUUUGGUUGUUACCCGUUCGUCCACUUGUCUAUUGUACGGGUCAUCGAAUACAUCAUGAUAUAUCUAUCCCCUUCCAAAAA